AUGUUUCAGAAAGUAUUCCAGCUGGUGGGGCUCAUCGUGUUGGGGACCCAUGUCUGCAGUUACCAAUUUAAUAACAUUGACAAGAAUAUGAAGUAUUUUGCCAUUUCUGUGGAGUAUGUGGUUCAUAAGUUCAAUGAAGACCAGGACGAUGAGUUUGCCUACAAGUUUCUGCAAGUCUGGAGAAGCCAACACCAGAGGUGGACUUGGAUUUUCUUAGUAGACUUGGAGCUAGGCCGUACAAUUUGCAAGAAAUACGAGGAAGACAUUGACAGUUGUCCAUUGCAACAUGGCCCAGGAGCGAAAAAGGUUCGCUGCAUUUAUAUUGUGGAGUCUCUAAUUUGGAUUACCCAGUUCAAAGUUAUGAACAGCACCUGCAUACAGACAUAG